AUGGACUUCUCUGACGAUGAUUUCGACGACGACGAUGAGUUUGACGCCAUGGACAUACUUGCCCCCAUAGGCAUGGGUAUGCCUACAGGGCUGCUACCAUUUCCUGGGCAGGGGGGAGGGAUGGCCCAAAUAGGGUUUAACCUGGGAGCCUUGGGACAGUUGGGAAUGGCCAUUCCUGGGAACAUAGCACAGCACUCGCCAGCCGUGUCUGCGUUUAUGGAAGGGCUGGGUAUAGGGUCGGCUCAGAGACCGUGGAACAGAUCGACCAGUUUGAACUCUGUGUAUGACAACAAACCCCUGGCUGCGUGGAUCACAAAGUUCAUAGCAGACUACUACAUCGAGUACAGAAACAUCGUGGACGCGCUGCCAACUGUGACUGUACUAACGAGCGUCCAAGAUAUAUUGCCACCAGUCACUCGCGCUUUUACUUUGCGGUUGGCGGCCCAGGAUAGGAAAUCGGUUCCCGCUGUUGAUAGCCCCGCUGUUUCUGAAACAAAAAGAAAUACUAGUAGGACCAGGAAUACCUUAGCACGAGAAAGGACAGAUCAACCGGCGAGUGGUGGCAGUAAAGGGAACUUGAAGAAAGGGAAGGAGCCCGCUCAUAUGGAAGUGGUCGCAGCGCUAUCAAAGAUAUCCUUUGAGCCUGAAUUUUAUAGCAUGCGACCAACUGGUGGAGAAGAAGGCGACGAAAAUGCGAUGCGCUUCUGCGGAAGAGAAUUUACCAAGACUGAGCUGUGCUAUUCAUGCGCAGAUUGCGGAGUGAACGAGACAUGUGCAAUGUGUGCGACAUGCUUCCACAACUCGGUGCACAAAAAUCACAAUUACAAAGCGCUGCCCGCGGGCACCAGGGGUCUUUGUGAUUGCGGCAAUCCGGAUGCGUGGCGCGCUCAUCCUAGUUGCAAUGAGCAUGCCAGCGCUUAUGUACACUCCGAUGGGGCGAAGUCUGUAGCGGUGGAGGCCGAUGUUGACGCAGUGGGGAAUAGUACGAAUGAUGAUGGUGUGAACAACCCUACUAAAAAUGUGGCCACAAUGUGUGGGAAGGAACUGACACCGGGCAUGCCCGCAGUAAGAUGUAAAGACUGUGAGAUAGACGAAACGUGCUGUUUGUGUUUGCCGUGCUUUCAAGCGAGUGAACACAAAGACCACAAUUUCGAAGUAGAUACAAUGACCGAAGGCACUUGCGAUUGUGGAGAUGUGGAUGCAUGGAGUGACCAUGUGCACUGCAAAAUACACAUCCAAGGAUUGACUCACGACGAAAAGAUGAGAGGGAGUGUGAAGUGCGGCAAGACUGUCAGUCCUGAAGAAAGUAUUUACCGAUGUCUGGAGUGUGAAAGCAUGCCCACAAGCGCCUUGUGUUCUCCAUGCUUUGAAAUGAGCGAACACAAGUUCCAUCAGUCUGAAACUGUCACCUCGUCGGGGGGUGUAUGUAGUUGUGGGAUUGAAGAAGCAUGGACCGCCCAUACUCAUUGUAGUCUGCACAUCGGAACAGCCGAGGUUCUUAAGAAGCCAGAGGCUCCGUAUUUUGUCAAAAAGUUCUGGAAAGAUACUAUCAACGACGUGGUACACUUUAUCGACAAUGCCAUGGCCGGGUGCAACACUGGUUGCUGUUUUUACAAAUCACAGAUGAAAACCAAUACUUCCAAGCGAUAUGCUGUUGUCGCAACAUUUGUCAGCAAUGGCUACCCAGCCAUGAUAGCCCUUCACAUGAAUAUUCUUUGGAAUCACGAGAAGGAGUCAGCUUUUGAGUUCGACUACAACUCUAGAGGGUCCAUAGCCUUUUCGGUGGAUAUCUGUACAGUUUCGCGGAGAAUGACUCUUGGGUACGCGGAAGCCGAGAGUACUAGACUAGCCACCCGUGUCACCAGUGAGGGUCGUGCAGUUGUCUUUGUGGGUAAAAUUGACGAUUCAGUAGUGAAGCGAUUGAUGCAGAGUACAAUUGACGGCAUCAAGUAUCGCGUGGUGGAGCUGAACGUGGCAGUGCAGGAAGAAUGUAUUGUGCAAGGAAUUGAUUGGUUAUCGGAGAUUUGCCGAGAACACCCUCUGCUGCGUGAGUACGUGUGCGAUGCUUUGCAAACGAAUCUCCAAACUCGUUUGGUCAAUGAGGACAAAUAUUGGAAAGGUUUACGUAAAGCUAUCAAUAGUCUCUACUUCACUAGUUUGCUGAUCGUACCACACAAACGGAGGGUGCUGGCGUAUGCACUGCUAAACAAUUAUGGGCAGAUUCAGAGCCAAUUCAUGCAGAAACGGUUCAAGUAUGAUCAUAGCUGCCUCGCCUUGACUGUACAAUUCCUGACGAGUCCUGCAAUUGUACAAGGGGAGAAAGGUCUAGCUAUGCGCGUCACCACUGCUAUUCUUGAGACUCUGGCACCAUAUGUCAAUCCCAUGCUGGAUACACUGGACACGGACAAGCUCGUCGACACGUUGUCCAGGGGUAAUUUCAUGCUUGAAGACUUGUCAUAUAUACUGCGCUCUCUGGGGAAACUUCCGUGGGACAAAAAAGAGAUUUUUAAAAAGAAUACUCGACCAAAACGCAGCUGUAAAGUGAGCAGCGCGAAGAGCUGGAUGGAUACCAUCAACCUUCCUGCUCCGCACGUGAUUCUCUUUAUCGACAGUAUAUUGGAUAUCAUUCGCAUGUUCCAGGCUAUUGACGGCCAAGCAAGAAUAAGCAGAGAUAUGCCACACGUGGCGUAUGAAAGCGAGGCCUUUCGCUUGGCGUUCGACCGCGCGAUGGCCCUGGCCAGACUUAUCGCUAGCUUUGUUGGAUAUGUUUCCGAGAAUACUUCUGCUCUUGUUUACUCCAUCCGCGCGUGUGUGGGUCAUAUCGGAGCGACGCGUAAACGAUUGCAGCGACGUGAUAAAUCGGCCCCAUACAAAGUGAUUUUUACCGUGUAUCUACCCUUGCAUCAGCUUUUGAGCGCCCUCAUCGAUGUUUUCGAAGUUAAAACUAAGAACGUAUCGCUGCUGUGGCCGCUGCUACGGACACAAAAUACACCAGUAGUCUCCGAUAUUAUUCGUGACCUGGUGAAUGCUUUGGCCUUCAGAAGUCAGGUGUCUGCUAAUUUGUGGGUGCGAAAUGGCAACCCGCCUCGAGAAGUGGCUUCGAGAUAUCGACAUGAAAUGAGACAGAUGCUUUACGAACCUCAGAUGCGUCUUUUGCAAAUGAUGUUCGAAUGCCAGGCCGAAAAUUCAGAUUCAAUUGCAUUGGAGUUACUUCAAGCAUUCAGCGCUCGGCGGUUUUUACUUAAGGCUGUGGAAGAAAACGAUUGGGAUGACGCUGUUGAAACGUCUUUGUUCGAACGUCAGACUGAGUGGGUGUCCGUCAACCUCCUGCUGGCGGACAUGUUUCACCUAAUCAUCUCCACCAUGCUGGAAACUCGGGUGUCGGAACCCCUUGCCCGAGAUAUCAUCCAAUGGCUGAUGCUGAAACCUGCACUCUACAGCACUCUAGCGGAGAGGUGUGGUGACUUCUUCGACAAGGAAGUUUUCGAUGCUGCUUUGAGUACGAUGAGCGAACACGAUGAUCGAAAACGGGGGAACACGCGAAAAACUUACUCGCUGUUGGCACGGUAUCAUUAUCAAUUUACGCCACAUUUCGCGCACUUCUGCAAUACUGAGAGAGAUGAGGCGAUGAAGAAAGUUCUUUCGAUGGCAAAAGACGAGGGAGAGGGCGCGAACUACUUCCACAGGUUUCCACUGGGCGUGGAUGCUGCAGGAGCAUUUUUGUUUCUGAAGGUGCUGAAGAGCAGAAUAUUCCUCUGCAUUAUCACACAUGUUCUUCGGCUCAGCAGGAGCGAAAAUCCGCAGUUGACUGGAACCCUUGCCCAAACUGUUUUCUGGAUUUUGGUACUGGCUGUUCGAGCGCAAGAGCUGUGUGGCGUAAUGCUUUUCACUGAGGCUUUGAAUAAAAUACUACUUGAUGGUGGAGGAUCUUUGGCCGCUGUUCUACGGCAGUGUCAGCUUGGGCCCUUUGGGAGAGACUUCGCGCCUCUACUGAAGUUCGUCUCACAGAGUCUGGGUUUCGAUGGUAGUGUCGAUGAUUCUGUUGAGACCAAAAGAAAUGGAGCCACACCUGAGAUCGGUAUCAAGAAACGCCUCAGAGAAUGUAGUGUGGAAGCGGAGAGUGAAGAAUCUCGCGCCCUGAAACGUGUGCGCAAGGCAGAGGCUGUGAAACGAAGAGCCGUCAUCAUGCAAAAGAUGGCAAAACAACAGAAGAGCUUCCUGGACCACAGCUCGGCUUCAUCUGACAGCAAGGGGGGAAAGACGGCGUUCAAGACCGAUAAAGUGUUUUCAUCGACAGCCUAUCCGGAGACUGUGGUAACUUGUAUCAUGUGUCAAGAAGACGAUAAACUUUACAUGCAAUCAUGUCCGGAAGUAUCGAACCGAAGAGCAAUCAGUGCUAUCGCUUACAUCCAGGAAUCCGGAGUUAUACAUACAGUGAUGCGGAAUGUCUUGAAUAAUAAUUUGAACAAGAAGCCAAACAACUUUAAUCAGGCACGCAACAAUCUUCCCUGCGGUCCCGAAUUGUUCAUGGACGGAUGUGGGCACACAGUUCACAAUCAUUGUUUGGAGGGCUACAUCGAUUCUCUCAAGCUUUCGCGACACGAAGCGCCCCUGCAUUAUAUCGAAAACAUAGACGUCGGCGAGUUCCUCUGCCCAAUGUGUAAGCGUUUAGGCAAUGUUCUGAUCCCCUAUAUAGAGGCACCGCCACCGCUUGCUAAGAAGAUGGACAGGAAGGCUCUUUUAGCAGAGGCUAUGGCACAGGAGAAAAUAUAUUAUGAGUUAAUGAUUAUGGUAGUGAGCUCAAUCAGGAUUCGUCAUCAACGCUCAAAUUCUUGGGAUUGUGUGCGCAAGGGACUCAAUUCGCUUGAAUCACACUCUCGUCUUAAGUUAGCCAAACAUGCUCAGCUUCCGAUCGAGGAAGUUAUGUGGUAUACAAUCGCAUCCAUAGAGUUGGCUGGUCGCUGUGGUGCUCAACAAAUACCAAACCCCGCCGGCCCACACAAGGAUGUUGAUAAGCAGCAAUUGAUCGCUGUGCGCACCAAUCUGCGCAUAUUGAAAACGCUUUAUAGGGCGCUUUCUGGGUAUCGAAAGUGGAGUAUGCGAAUGUCAGCUCUUGCACCCCCCAUAAAUGACGUGAAGAUCAGGAGUAGCAAGGCGAAAGGUAAAUGUUCAUCCGAGUCUACAGCAACUGCGGCAUCGAGGAUCAGUAAUCGCAACAGAGGCGAUGCCCGGAGUACGGCUCCCACUUAUCGCAGCUCAAAUUUGUCUGCGUCCACAUCAUUCGAUGCAAACGGCAAUGGAACUUCAACCUCAAACUCAACCUCAACCUCGAACUCAGCCUUAAACUCGACCCCAACGUCAAACUCAAACCCUGCCACAAAGUCGACCUCAUGCUCAAAUUCAACUUCAAGUUCGAAGGCAAUCUCCUCAACACCUGACACACAUUUAACAGAGAGUGACCAUGUUCUAGCGUUGCCCAUGUGCACUGGUGAUGUAUCAUCUCUAAAGGCAUUGUACGAGUGCAGUAUCACUGGAUUUAGAGGCGCCUUUUUGAAUCGUAACUUCGAUAUGCAUGCCCAGUUAUGGGGUUGCAAUGAGGGACAUACACCAUGGUCUGCGUGUAAGAACAAGUCAGCUGAACUCUGGCAGGAAUACAAUGUUUUUCGCAAGCUGGUAGUGCGAUCAUGCCAGCCUAUCUGUUCACCGACCACGCUACCUACUUUAGAUACAAUUGCCCAUCUGAAAGAUGCAGACAGAGCCAGGCAGCAAAGUAUUUCGGAACCGGAUGUGACAAGGUUUAAGGGUUUGGUGUGGGAAGCUUUUCGCACUCACUUGUUGCAACACAUUCACAAGAUCAGAGUUGAUACUUUCAAGCCAUGGGAACUACUAAACCUACAAGCAGAUCCAGAUCACCGGAACGUCCCUCGCUGGUUUUCCUCUCUAGUUCGAAGUAUGUGUCACGGUUUAACUGAUCUGUAUCAAAAGGAGGAUCCUAUGAACCUUGAUUAUUCUGAUAUCAUGAUCUCGGCGUGGCUGCAUCGUGUAGAAAGGGCAGAAAUCGUUUUGAUGCGCUGGAUGAUUCCCUUCUUGCGGCAGAGCGCCUGUCUCCAAGUUGUAGUGUGGGACGAUGACACACUUCCCGAUCUUCAGCCCAUUGAUGAGGAUGGGCUCUCUUUCACCUUCGAAUUCAACAACUUGUGCGAGCGAUUAUUGCCUCCGGUCGUUCGAGAAGUGGCACCACAGGCAGUAUCUACAAACGAAUCAGCUUAUGACGCACUACCAGUCGUGGCCAUUGCCACUGCGCUAACAGUCAGUGAACGACAAUACUACGAGAACAUGCUUACUAAACCAUGGGCGGUGACAAAUCUUCUCAGUCAAUCAUUUCGGAUACGGCCUGAGUUGGGGGCUGGACUUCUACCGCAUGACUACAGUAAGCUUGUGUUGAGGGGUGCUACGGAGAAGUGCAAACAGUGUAAUUCUGUUCCUGAACAAACUGCGCUGUGUAUGCUUUGUGGUGCAAAAGUAUGCGUGAUGGGGCAAUGUUGCCAACAGAGAAUGCCUUCGGUGCGUCGGCCACCGCUGCCGUACGAUAGAAACACGUGUGCCUUCCGGAACUACGAUUUUGGUGAGUCUGUGCAAGACUGCAUGUAUGGAGAAGCUAACAUACAUGCGGCUACGUGUGGAAAUGGUUUGGGCGUGUUUCUUAUUUCAGAGCAGUGCAAUAUAGUUUUUGUAUCACCUGGAAUGCAACAUCAUGGUAAAGGCGCAUUGGACACCGAGUUAGCACCCUAUAUAGAUUCUCAUGGUGAGAGUGGCGAGGGUUUGAGGCUGGGCCAUGCAUUGAGUUGGGACGAGCAGUUGGCUGACGAAUUAAUGAAUAUGUACCUCAAUCAUGACGUAUUGAAGACCAUCACAACACUCACAGAUGAGCACGGUCAGAGAAGGUGGAACAGGCUGUAAGACGGUAAAGAAGGACGUGACUUCACACGAGCGUCAUAUCUAGUUCUCCGCCUAGUUAGACUUCGCUCAUGCACAAUCCUCCCUACUUCCUCCCAUGAAAUCAGGGACCAGAUUGCCGUCCCUCACGGUAUUACUCAUCAUGCGCAUUGUAUGCGCUGACUAAUCGAUUUAAAAGAGAAGAUAUUAC